UUCAGAUUCAUUCUAAGUUCAUCGGUUGAGCGCGCGCGUUGCAAGUCCAAUAUCGUUAUCUCAUCUUCCGCACUAAACAGCAACGGCUUCGGCAUCCGUACUUGGGACAGGUUUACAAUUUGUGAUAAACGAGGCAGUCGGAACCCCCACCAAGUCGAUUAGUGAAUAUCACAGUAAUUAGAUAGGAUGGGUUUAUUAAUUGCUAGUGUGGGCCUUUGUCUAAUCUUUAUUGGAAUGCCACAGCUGGUUCUGAGCCAGAGUGGAUGCUUGACUCAAUCCGGGAUUGCGGGCCAGUGUGUUCGCGCCCAGGAGUGUCCUUUUGUAACACAGCUCCUCAAUGUCUAUGGUGGUAACAUACCAGACUAUUUUCGUAAUCAGUUGCGACAAAUGAGGUGCAACGGCGGAAGAGCUGGUGCAUAUGUGUGUUGUCAUAUCAACACGUUAACUCAGCAAGUGCAAACAAAAAAAGGUGGAGGCCAAUCCACUGAUAUAAAUAGAAUCGAUCAGGAUGGCCUUAGAUUGCUACACUCAAUUCAGGACUGUGGUAAUAAAGGAAAUCCCAAAGUCGCAGGCGGUAGGCCAGCCACACAAGGCAUGUUCCCUUGGAUGGCACUGCUCAAGUACGACAUCGAUGACCCGCGUCCAUUCCUUUGCUCCGGAAGUCUUAUAACCGAGAGUCACAUCCUUACCGCUGCCCAUUGCAUUGUCGAGCGCCCAGAUGUCAUUGCUGUACGUAUGGGUGAACAUGAUUUGGACACAGAGAGGGACUGUGCUGUUUUGGGUGGCACCAAAACUGUCUGCCAGGAGUACGAGGACUAUGAGGUCGAAGAUGUUCGAGUUCACCCCAAAUAUGUUCACGGAAAGAUUCAUUACGACAUCGCCAUUAUUAAGGUAAAAGGCGUUAUAAAGGCCAAAUCGCACAUCAAGCCCAUUUGCCUGCCCAUUGAGGAAAAGUCCCAGGCAUUGAGCUACAACCAGGACUUUUACAUCGCCGGAUGGGGUCGGACUGACAAGACGGACACCCCCUCGGUACUCCAAAAGGCUAUUGUGCAGCGUAAGAGUCUGGACGUGUGCCGCCAGUUCUACGGUGAUGAUGAAGUGAGCGACAACCACAUCUGCGCCGCGGGCACCGAACUGAAGCACACCUGCCAGGGAGAUUCCGGCGGCCCGGUCUUCAUUAAGCAUCGCUUCAAGGGCACCUUCCGAUUUGUCCAGUAUGGAAUCGUGUCGUUCGGAGAGAGACGGUGUGGUCAUAACGAAAAUCAACCAGGUCUGUUCUCCAACGUACUGGACAUGUUACCCUGGAUCACCCAAAACCUACAGUAGAUCGUCGAUCAACCCGAGAUGCCUGGCUUUGUCACAACUAUUUAUAAUUACAUAUGUAUUUAUUUUUUCUAAAAACCGUAGUCUAAAAAGCUCUUGCCAUAGAUACUCUAGAGGAUUCAUAAGUUUUUUGACAUUAUUUAAUAUAUUGUUUAAGCAGCAUUAA